AUGAAUCCUCCUCAAACCAAUUUAUCUAUUUGGAUCUAUUCUAACGCUAUCUAUCUAUCUAUCUAUCUAUCUAUCUAUCUAUCUAUCUAUCUAUCUAUAUUAGCCAGUUUUUAUCUCUCUCUUAUAACGCUAUCUAUCUAUCUAUCUAUCUAUCUAUCUAUCUAUCUAUCUAUCUAUCUAUGUAUACUCUACACUUUCUGGGCUACGAUCGAUUCCAGUGAGACUGAUGUCGGUCAGUGUUUUCUCAUUUUCUUCUUCCUCAUUUCCUUCUUUUUCUUCAUCUUUCUCUCCCCUACGCGUAAUUUUCAUUAUUUUUUCUUUUUGCUUCCUUUCUCUGUCUUCAUAUCCUCACCUACGCUCUUCUCUCCCACUCCAACAACAUUUUCCUUUCCCCCGCCUCUCUCCCUAUCUGCCCCUCUCUCUUUCCCCUUUUACUUAUCCCUUUUCUCCUCCUUUUAUUCCCCCUUUUCAUCUGUCAUUGUUCACUGUGAUUUCCCUCUGAAUCAAUAUAUCUCUUUCAUCGUCUCUUUCUUUUUGUCGUGUUUCUCAUUCAAGAGAAAUUCUUCCGUUCAAUAUUGCCUGCCUUGCUCUUUUAAGUUUUUACUUCUAUCCUUAAUUAAUCAUGUUUUUCUCUCUUUAAUGAACUCUCUCUCCCCCUCUCUCUUUCUCUAUCUUUCUCUCUCUCUAAAAAUUUUCUGCUUCUCUCCCCAAUUUCUCUCCAUCUUUAUUAUUCCUCUCUUUCCCUCUCUCUCUCUCUCUCUCUCUCUCUCUCUCCCUCUCCGCCACUCUCUUUCUUUUUCGCUUUCCUUCUCUCCCACCCAUCACUAA